GUGUGACCUGUCUCACCUGUGUUGCUUGUUUGCAGAGCAGCAGCCAAGAGGGGUGGCAGGAUGAAUGUGGGCACGGCGCACAGUGAGGUGAACCCCAACACACGGGUGAUGAACAGCCGUGGCAUCUGGCUCUCCUAUGUGCUGGCCAUUGGACUCCUGCAUGUUGUGCUGCUGAGCAUCCCCUUCGUGAGUGUCCCUGUCGUCUGGACCCUCACCAACCUCAUCCACAACAUGGGCAUGUACAUCUUCCUGCAUACGGUGAAAGGGACACCCUUUGAGACCCCGGAUCAGGGCAAAGCAAGGUUGCUGACCCACUGGGAGCAGAUGGACUAUGGGGUCCAGUUCACAGCUUCUCGGAAGUUCUUGACCAUCACACCCAUUGUGCUGUACUUCCUCACCAGCUUCUAUACCAAGUAUGACCAAGUCCAUUUCAUCCUUAACACUGUGUCCUUGAUGAGUGUGCUCAUC